CAAACCCCACAUCAAGUGCUACUCAGGAUAUCAACUCUUAUCGGGGAGGACGGAAGCAAUGUUCAAGUGCCACAUACAUCGAUGGACCUUAAAGGGAGAGACAGAGAGAGUGCCAGGUCACCUAGAGUGUGUGCCAACCUGUGCCAACGAGUGCCAACAACGAAAUAUGUACUGUGUUGCUCCUAAUACCUGCCGAUGUAGGUUUGAUUUGACUGGUGUUAAGUGCGACAGGAAGAAGUUGGAUUUUAAUUGUACGGAAAACAUGCUACCCAGAGUUGACAAUGCUGUGGUGAACCCCAUCGACGCCUCUGUCCACUGCUUCACGGGCUACCUACUGGUGACUGGAGAAUGCUCAGUGCUCCUUGAGUGUGAGGGAGGCGUGUGGGUUCAUCCAGCGCUCCUCCACCAAGGCUGUGUGCCCCAGUGUUCCAUGAGCUGUAGGAAUGGUGGGGUGUGUCGAGGUCCGGAUUUCUGUGAGUGUUCUGAGGGUUACUACGGCAGGGAGUGUGAGCUGGUUCAGUGUCAAGGACCAGUGCCUACUGUGGAGGAUGGUUACGUUGGCUUCUGCCAGAAAGGGAUGACAGCCAAGUGCGCGGAAGGGUACGGGUUCUCGGGAGGCGACAGGGAGGUGUCCCUUAUCUGCCGUAAUGAAACCUGGGCUCUGCCGCCUGAGGUCGAGCAGGACCCCGCCUGUAGACCCAAGUGUCAGCACAGAUGUAAUAACAGAGGGACGUGUGUGGCGCCGGACUACUGCAGGUGUGAGGAAGGUUACGGCGGCAGUGACUGUAGUGGAGUGAGCUGUGACGUCAUACCCAAGGAGCUCUUCAAUUGGUACAUCAGCCUUAGCAAGACGCAACUGACGGCAGAAUGUCCCCAGAACGCCAAAUUUUCCCGAGGCGAGUCCAAACUCUCUUUCAUCUGCGUCGACAACACGUGGCAGUACCCGACCUCCUACCAACAUGGCGAGAGUCUCAAAUGUGUCCACUCCUGUGUCCCCCCCUGCGAGAACGGCGGCACAUGCGAGGUUCACAAUACCUGUAGGUGUAGGACGGGGUUCAUAGGGCGUCGCUGUGAGAAGAUUAAGUGCGAAGGUCCUCUGCCGUAUGUUAAGGAUGCGGUGUUCUCUUUCAUUGGCGACAGUGUCCUCGUCAAUUGCAUCACCAACUUCGAUAAUAAGAUUCGAGGGUCUUAUUGGAUUCACUGCAUCGAAGGUCACUGGAAUCUUGACUCUUCGUUAGGACCCAUCAGCAGUGCCUCCGCCUGUAGCAAGAACGAAGGACAGCGCUUGGCCUCGGGGAAGUUGGAGAGUAGGGAAGGUUUCGUAGGGGAGAAGGAGUUGGCCGUGUCCGUGUGUGAGGGUCCUCCUCCUAUGGUCCACUACGCUGACAUUGUUUACAGCAACUCAGAGGUCAGGGUGAUCAAGUGCCAAUCUGACUACGUCCUCGACAACGACAAAACCUCGACUCAAGUAUUAUGUCAUAAGAACCAAUGGCGCUUCCUGGAAUUCAACUCCACGCCCACCUGUCACCCCAGAUGCCCAGGUGGGUGUUUAAACGGCGGCACCUGUACAGCCCCGAACACCUGUAACUGCCCUGAUGACACGUACGGAAGCAGGUGUGAGAAGAGGUCUCUGUGUGUCGCACCCCCUGACCCCCCACCCCACAUGAGGCUCGUCUGGACGAAAUCAGGCUACGUAGGGGUAUGUCAAACUGGUUACGCGUUCGCCAACCCACUACAGUCCGAUUUGCUGAUCAUCUGCGUCAACGGGUCCUGGAGGAAAUCAAACCUGGUGCCCUGUGUCCUCAAGUGCCAGGUCCUCUGUAUCAACGGUGGCACUUGCUUGGCACCCAACACCUGUAGCUGCCGUCAAGGGUUUAGUGGUGCCCUGUGUCGACUGUUGGUGCUGGGAAACUGUAAGACGGAAGUUGAUUGGAGGAAUACUUAUGUUGUUAGCAGGAACAACUCGCUCACAAUUACCUGCCACAGGGGGUAUAAACUCCAUACUGGUGGUUCUUUCGUCGGCGCCCCCGCCAGUAUUACCAUAGGCUGUCAUGACAAUACCUGGGUGACCCCCCGUGGCUGGUCAUGGGACAGAGAGGCGUGCCAGCCUUUCUGUGACCCUGAGUGCCAAGGUGGAGGUGUCUGUGAGAGGCCUGAGCAGUGCCGAUGUCCAAAUGGCAUCUAUUCGCCAAACUGCAGCCCGGAUACGAGGACAGGAUGCCAUGGUACUCCGAUGGUCGUUAAUGCCACAGCUGUUAAGAUCGCCGACCACCUAUCACGGGUCACCUGUCGUAUUGGUCACGCGUCGUCCAGCGGUGCCAAAGUGUUCCUGAUGCGGUGCCUAAAUGGUCACUGGGUCACUAUAGGAUCUAUCGCCUUCCCAUCUACCAGAGUCGCUUGUUACCACCAGUGCCAACCUCGGUGCCUUCACGGGGGUCAGUGCUACGGACCAAACAGAUGUCAGUGCCAGAGAGGAUACGGAGGGUCCUGGUGCCAGUAUAGGGCAUGUGGGAAUAUGCCUUUGUAUGUGCCUAAUGCCUACCUCAGUUUUAACCAGGAAUCAGCAUCGGGUAUCAUCCGCUGCAAACAAGGCUUCAAGCUUUCUUCAGGAGAGUUCGGGGCCUCCGUCAGCUGUUUGGAACGGAAGUGGGUGUUUGGGGGGGAUUUCUUAGGCCACCUGUCCGUGUCAUGUGAGCCUGAGUGUGCCCGACCGUGUCUCAACCGUGGCCGAUGUGUCUCUCCAAAUUUUUGUACGUGUCCUGAGGGCUUCUCCGGCCUCCAGUGUGAGAGACGAUACACCGUGACAGUUAAGGGACAGCGUUGCCACUUCCCCUACCAGUACAAGGGUCGUUGGCACUUCGGGUGUAGCCUCAAGGACAAGGAAGGACUUCCAUGGUGUCCUACUGCUGUUGACCGUCAAGGACUUCCUACUGAUGCGGAUACCUGCGUCGCCGUCAUUGGUAAGAACAAGGUGGUGAUGGGGUCGUCUCGGCGGCCGUGUCAGUUCCCCUUCUACUUACAAGGACAACAGUACGACUCCUGUGUCAAGCUGGGGGAUGAUGACCCUGUGCCAAAGUGCCCCUUGAUCCUUGACCAAGAGGGGGUGCCUACCAUGUGGGACUCGUGUGAUAAGGGGUUAGGACUGGAGGACGUGGUGACGACAGUAUCAGGGAGGACGUGUAUCUUCCCCUUCAGGUACAACGGCUUCUGGCAGACGACGUGUGUGAAGGACAACAGGAGUCUGCCUUGGUGCGCCACCCAACUCACAGACGAUUACAGACCUCUUGAUGUCGACGUGUGCUGGCAUGACGUGGGAUACAAGAAGAUGGUCGUAACAGCAGAGGGCAGAGUGUGUGUGUUCCCGUUCCUCCACCAGGGUUUGAGACAGUUCUCGUGUGUGGGUUCCAGUAGUGUUAGAUGGUGCGCCACAACCAUUGACUUCAACCUCAAACCAACCUCCUGGGGCGUUUGUGUCCCCGUUGAAGACUGCAGUGCCCUCCAUCAGUUGUGGCUGGGAGGAGAACUACCAUCUCAAAACGUAAUCAAGGUCACGGGAAACUCUCUUACUUCAGUGAAUUGAUAUAGAAGAGAGAAUUUCCCUUUGAAAGUAGAUGCGACAUGAGAAGAAAA